CCGGAGUCAACAGUUGGAGGCAGGAACUCCUGUGGGCCUUGAGGGGCAGCUGAAAGUUUGCCAAAACCCUUGAAGGGGCUGGUCUAGAGGAACGUGAUUGGCAGCUUCGAGGAGAGCGAGGGCUGGAAGCCCUGGGAGAGGGAGCAGCUCUGGGCUGCGAGCGGUCCUGCCCAGCUGUUGGCGAGGAGUUUCCUGUUUCCCCCGCAACGCCGGGUGAAGUUGAGUGAGUCACUCGCGCGCACCGACAGACGACACCCCCGCGCGCGCACACGCCCGAGGCAGGAGCCGGCCUCCCCGCAGCUCCCCUCGGCCGCCCCGCCGGGGGCCUCCCCGCGCCCCGCCGGCCUUCAGGCCCCCUCCUCGCCGGCCCGCGCGCCCGCGCCACAGCUGGCCCGCACAUCUGCCCGGCCGGCCCGCCCGGCGCGGGGUCCCGGGAGUGCGCGGCGGCGCGAGGGCGCAGCCGGGGCUCCAGGAAGGCGCCUGGCGCUGCGCUCCGGGCUCGGUCUAUGAGGAGCGGCGGGGUCUGCCAUGGGUCGGGGGCUGCUCAAGGGCCUGUGGCCGCUGCACAUCGUCCUGUGGACGCGCAUCGCCAGCACGAUCCCACCGCACGUUCAGAAGUCGGUUAACAAUGGCAUGAUGGUCACUGACAACAAUGGGGCAGUUAAGAUUCCACAACUGUGCAAAUUUUGUGAUGUGAGGUCUUCUACCUGUGACAACCAGAAAUCCUGCAUGAGCAACUGUAGCAUCACAGCCAUCUGUGAAAAAUCGCACGAAGUCUGUGUGGCUGUUUGGAGGAAAAACGAUGAGAACAUAACACUAGAGACGGUGUGCCAUGACCCCAAACUCACCUACCAUGGGUUUGCUCUUGAUGAUGCUGAUUCUCCAAAGUGUAUUAUGAAAGAAAAGAAGAGAUCCGGCGAGACUUUCUUUAUGUGUUCCUGUAGCGCUGAGGAGUGCAAUGACCACAUUAUCUUUUCAGAAGAAAAUGUGACCAACAAUCCUGACUUGUGGCCAUUAAUAUUCCAAGUGACCGGUGUCAGCCUCCUGCCACCACUGGGCAUUGCCAUAGCGGUCAUUGUCAUCUUCUACUGCUAUCGUGUUCACCGGCAACAGAAGUUGAGCCCGUCCUGGGAUAACACCAAGUCUAGGGCGCAUAUGGAGUUCAGUGAGCAUCUUGCCAUCAUCCUGGAAGACGACCGCUCUGACAUCAGCUCUACAUGUGCCAACAACAUCAACCACAACACAGAGCUCCUGCCCAUCGAGCUGGACACUCUGGUAGGGAAGGGGCGCUUUGCUGAGGUCUACAAGGCCAAACUCAAGCAGAACACUUCUGAGCAGUUCGAGACUGUGGCAGUAAAGAUCUUUCCAUUUGAGGAGUAUGCUUCCUGGAAGACAGAGAAGGACAUUUUCUCAGACAUCAACCUGAAACAUGAGAACAUCCUCCAGUUCCUUACCGCCGAGGAGCGGAAGACAGAACUGGGGAAGCAGUAUUGGUUGAUCACUGCCUUCCAUACCAAAGGCAACCUGCAGGAGUACCUCACUCGGCAUGUCAUCAGCUGGGAGGACCUGCGCAAACUGGGCAGUUCCCUAGCACGGGGCAUUGCUCACCUGCACAGUGACCACACGCUAUGUGGGAGGCCCAAGAUGCCUAUUGUGCACAGGGACCUCAAAAGCUCCAAUAUCCUUGUGAAGAACGACUUGACCUGCUGCCUGUGUGACUUCGGUCUUUCCCUGCGCCUGGACCCAACUCUGUCUGUGGAUGACUUGGCCAAUAGUGGGCAGGUGGGAACUGCAAGAUACAUGGCUCCAGAAGUCCUAGAGUCCAGGAUGAAUCUGGAGAACGUUGAGUCCUUCAAGCAGACAGAUGUCUACUCCAUGGCUCUGGUGCUCUGGGAAAUGACUUCUCGUUGUAAUGCAGUGGGAGAAGUGAAAGACUAUGAGCCUCCAUUUGGGUCCAAGGUGCGGGAGCAUCCGUGUGUUGAAAGCAUGAAGGACAACGUGUUGAGAGAUCGAGGGCGGCCAGAAAUUCCCAGCUCCUGGCUCAACCACCAGGGUAUCCAGAUGGUGUGUGAGACCCUGACCGAGUGCUGGGACCAUGACCCCGAGGCCCGACUCACAGCCCAGUGUGUGGCAGAGCGCUUCAGUGAGCUAGAGCACCUGGACAGACUCUCAGGAAGGAGCUGCUCCGAGGAGAAGAUUCCAGAAGAUGGCUCACUGAACACUACCAAAUAGCUCUUCCGGGGCACACUGGGCUGAGCUCAGAGGCCUCGCCUGUUACCAAAGAACAGAGGCAGCAGGAAACUGCCCCUAAACCAGUGCUUCCUGGCAACUCCAGGUUCCCUCUCUUCCCUGAAGGCUGUGGGGAUUGAGCAGAAAUGACAACAGCAGGGAGUGGGUGACAUGAAGCAUUCAUUGCCUUUGACAUUGUCUUAGGAUAAGCUGUUAACACUUCUCAGGAAAUGAGAUUGAUUUUUACAAUAGCCAAUAACAUUUGCACUUUAUUAAUGCCUGUAUAUAAAUAUGAAAUAGCUAUGUUAUAUAUAUAAAUAUAUAUAAAUCAUAUCUAUAUAUAUAUACAGCCAUACUCGGGAGAGAGGCAAGAAAAAAAGAUCAAAUAUUCCCAGGAAAUUGGCUUGAUUGGAAAGCUCCAGAAUGGAGCUUAGAAGAAAGGGAUCCAUGUCAGCCAGUAUUAGCACUUAACAAUCAUGCAGGUGGUGGUUCUCUGAUUCCACAAGGGGGACUUUGCAUUAGAAGGAAGAUGCCUUGUCUCAGAUUCUGUUAUGGCCAUACUGCACUUGCUUUUGCAAAAUAUCCUCUGGGCCUGGGAGAGAGAGAAUGUCCUCUCUGGCCAUGGAGGUGAUUAGAGUCGCACUGUUGGGGUUAGGACUGGGGAAACCAGGUUGUGGGGUUCCUGUGUGCUUCUCCUGGACUUUUCACUUGAGCUUCAAGCUCCACAUCUGACUUGUAAACCACCUUCCUCCUCUAGUUAGAGCCUGCCCCACCUCUAACAGUUUAAAUGCGUGGAGCCCCAGUUUGUAAAAACCAAAAACAAACAAGUGAAACCAAAUUCCCCUCGUGAUACUGCCACAUUUUCUACUAAUGAAAGAUUAUUUCUUUUAAUUCCACUUUAUACCUGUGUUGCUAUUCUUAAGCUUAGCUCUUCUUUUCCUGAAAGGGAAUGAAUCUCCCCUCUAUAGAGUUCCUCCUAGUUUGCUGAGUACAUUUGGUCUGCGUCUCUAACUUUCUAUGCAAACACUAGCGUUGUCCAUCUUUCUGGGCUCCUGAAUGUUCAAGUACAUCUUGGCCAAGGAUUCGAGCUGCACCUUAUUGCCAUAGUCAGAACUGUAUGUUUGGACUUCCUGAGCAUGUGUUUUUGCUUGACCGGUUCAGCACUUAGCUGAAUUGAGCCACUUUUUUUUUUUUUAAAUAUUUGGAGAUUUUGCAAAAAUAUUUGGAUCCCCAAGUGAAGAUAGAUAGCAGAUGGUUUCCAUUUCUCUGGUGCACAUCAUUCAAAAAUGAAAGUAUAGGCACUCUUAUCAAUCUGCUUUACCACUUGCUGUAAACAUUGGUAUUUCCCACUGCUCACUCUUGCCCUGGUCUGGGGGUUCAACCUGCCCUUAACCACAUUUCUCACAUUUUUACCAGGAGCAUGCAUUCAGGCAGCCAUUCCCUGGCUGUGCAAUGUGAUUCUGUUUCCCACUGUCUCCAUGAUCUGAUGCUAAGAUUUGAAGUUGAUAUAUAUAUAUAUAUCAACUUCAAAAGCAUAUAUAUAUAUAUAUAUAUGCUUCUUCUAGGUGGUUCCCUUGUGUUUGCGUACUAAGAGCUUCUCCCUCUUCAUUUAGGAAGAGAAUUCUUUAUACCAAGAAGCUUUCCUUGUGGUUUCGGCCACACCAUCACACCAGCCUUUGCAGAAUUUGCUUUGCGAGGACUUGAAUGUGGGAUACCAGCCCCAUUUAGUAGGAAACCAGUGUCCACUUGGACAAGAACAAAGAAUGAGCUUUAAUACUCCAUAGGAAACUUGAUAACUCACAACAUGUAUUAAUGCUGCAUAUAACAAACUCUUUUCUACAAAUGUUUUUGUAGCUACUUAUUUUCAGCCAAAUAGGAAUAUUAGCAAGGACUGGCAUUGAGCAAAGUCAGCUCCAGUUAGGUUUUUGGAAGUUCUCCAUCUCGUUGGGAUUUGGGAUGGAUAUACUGAAGUUGGGAUUAGGUGGAAUUUUCUAGGCACUUUGCUCUGUGUGGGUAGACUGAGUGAGUUAAGGAUAAUUUGGUUGCUGUACUGCCAAAGUGCCCAGAACUUCCAAGCUCCUUAGGACGCUUGGAUGCUGUCCCAAUAGCUGUUACUCAUUGACCUCUAGUGGUGAAUUUUCAGAAUACUGGUCCAUUAAUGGGCUCUUCCAAAAUCCAAAAGAGCUUUAUCACUUCUGGGUCAUUAUCAGCAUAAACUGGAAUGUAGUGUCAGAUGAUACUGUGGCUUGUUUUGUUUAUUUUUUUAUUCAAUAAAAAGACCAAGACUACAUUCUGUCGUUCCUAAAAAACAAAUAACUACUAUGCAGAAAGGGAAAGUUUUAUUCUUUUAUGGAACAUUUCAGCAGUACUCAUGUAUUAAAAUAGGAAUGUGAAUGCUAUAUACUCUUUUUAUAUCAAAUGUCUCAAGCACUUAUUUUCAUUCUAUGCAUUGUUUGUCUUUUUAUAUAAAUAAAUGUUUAUUAGAUUGAAUAAAGAAAAAGAUACUCAGGUCA